ACAGUCCUCAGGACCAUAAACAAGUCAUGGGUGAUAAGCUACGGCUGGCAGUUGGGAUCAUGGGCAAUGCAUCUUCUUUGUUGCUGUAUGCUGCUCCAAUCUUGACAUUUUCGAGGGUGAUAAGGAAAAAAAGCAUAGAGGAAUUCUCAUGCAUUCCGUACAUCGUUGCACUCUCGAAUUGUCUCCUUUACACUUGGUAUGGACUGCCUGUUGUGAGCUAUAAGUGGGAAAAUUUUCCUGUCAUCACCAUCAACGGUUUAGGGAUCAUAUUAGAGUUAUCUUUCAUCUUCAUAUAUCUUUGGUUCGCUCCAACCAGAGGAAAGAUUAAGGCCGGCGGUAUAACGACGAUCGUCAUAGUAAUAUUUUCCGUCACGGCUCUCAUCUCGACCUUUUUGUUCCACGACCAUCAUCAUCGGAAAGUUCUUGUCGGAACUAUCGGGCUGGUUGCAUCGGUGGCAAUGUAUGCUGCUCCGCUUGUGGUUGUGAAACGGGUGAUCGUGACGAAGAGUGUGGAGUUUAUGCCGUUUUAUUUAUCUUUUUUCUCGUUCAUGGCUAGUGUGCUUUGGCUGGCUUACGGACUAUUGAGUCACGAUCUGCUACUAGCGUCGCCGAAUCUGGUUGGUUUACCUUUAGGCCUUCUGCAACUUGGACUUUACUGCAAGUACAGGAAAAGAGAGAUUAUAGAAGAAGAACCCUGCAAAUGGGAUUUAGAACAGAACAAUAACCAGGAGAAACCCAAACACAUGCAGCUCGUGACGAACGAAAAUAUCAAUGGAAAGUGUUGAAAUUAUACUGGUUUAAUGCUUGGGGUAUGACCAGAAAUAAAAUAUAUU